AUGAAUUGGAAAACUGAAAAUUUUAAUUGUGCAAGUUACCGAAUUCCUGCAAUUGUGUAUAAUAAAGGUGUGUUCCUGGCAUUUUGUGAAGCUCGGAGGACUUCAUUCCGGGACUAUGGUGAAAUGGACCUUGUCCUAAGAAGAGGUAUUCUACUAGAGAAACAGGUGGAAUGGGAGGGCAUCCAAGUAAUCGCCAGUAUGCGUGGUGAAAGAACAAUGAAUCCUGUUCCCAUAGUGGACAAUGUAAACAAGGCUGUAGUGGUUGUCUUCAAUACGUUCCCAUCCAAUGUCACAGAGACGGAUCUUUUGAAAGAAGGUGUUUUCAAUCAGACAGUAUUUGUCAUGAAAAGUACAGACAAUGGUAUAACGUGGAGUGAUCCACAAGAUAUCACGGAUACAACAUUAGGAAAAGUUGAGCCUGCAUGGACUAUAUUUUCACCUGGCCCAGGUCACGGUAUCCAGUUGUCCUCUGGUCGCCUUAUAGUUCCCGGAAAUUAUUAUGUAAAAGACCCAGUUGAACCUGGAAUUUGGCCGCAAAUAAAAACAGCAGUUUUGGAAUUCUUUGACGUUCUCUAUGGUGCUGUGGGUACUUCCAAUGUGUUCUAUAGUGAUGAUGGGGGCUCCUCAUGGCAUGUUGGGGGCAGUGUUCCCACGGCCAAUGCGGGUGAACUGGAAACAGGAAAAACAAUUCAUGCUAACGAGUCGCAGGUAACAGAGCUUGAUGAUGGUGUAAUAUGCAUAAACUGUCGUACAUUAGGUGUUGAGAUGCCACGUGUACAAGCCUUCAGUAAAGAUGAUGGUAUGACAUUUACAGUAGCCCAAGUUGUGGAUAAAUUAGUUGAGCCAGGAUAUACUGGUAGUUUUAUGCCGAGUACUAAAAACUUUGGUGGCUGCCAGGGAAGUAUCCUAGGAUUCCCGGCACCAGAAGGAGUUCCAGAUGGGUUUUCAAAAACCUGGGCAUUGUUCUCCAAUCCGGCAGAUAAAGAAAACAGAAUCAAUUUAUCCGUACGUCUUAGCAUAGAUGGAUGUAAAACGUGGAGCGCUCCAUGGUCAUUGUGUCCUGGACCCAGUGCAUACUCAGAUCUAACAUACUUCGAAAUGGAUGAUGGAAAUGGCGGAAUAAAUAAAUUGUUUGCUUGUCUUUAUGAGUGUGGCACAACAGACUUUCCUUACGAAAAGAUUGUUUUUCAGAUGUUUACAUUAGAGUCUGUACUGGAGGGAACAAAGCACUGA